UGUGCACAUCUCCACCAGUUUGGUGACAUUUAGGGUGUGACCCGCCACUUUGUGUGAGAAAGAAGUCACUUAACUUUAACAUUCCUCUAAAAGAAAGACCCGCGAGGAAGACCUACACCUUUUAUUGAAGAAAGGAGAACUAUGCCUUUAGAACGUUGAGGACGACUUCACAUUGCAAAGGACGAUUCACAAGGGGUGACCCACAAAGAUGGUGAUUUUAGCAAAGGGAGACCACAUCUGGUUGGACCCAGACCCUAAGACCAAGGGGGAGUUUGAGGUGGCGGUGGGGGCAGUUGUACGCAUUUCGGACUCGGGGAAGAUUUGUGUCGUGGACGACGAUGGCAAGGAACACUGGAUUAAAGCAGGACAGAAAGUCCGUCACAUGCACGCGACAUCGGUGGAAGGCGUUGAAGACAUGAUUGCCCUUGGUGACCUUCACGAAGAGGCCAUUCUUAGAAACCUGUUCACAAGAUAUCAGCAAAAUAUGAUAUAUACAUACACAGGUUCUAUCCUGGUAGCUGUAAACCCCUACCAAGUACUCCCUAUCUACCACAGUGAACAGAUCAAGGCAUACAGGGACAGGAAGAUAGGAGAACUGCCACCACAUAUAUUUGCUAUAGGAGACAAUGCUUACCACAGUAUGAUGAGAUAUAGGCAUGACCAGUGUGUGAUUAUCAGUGGAGAGUCUGGUGCUGGUAAAACAGAGAGUACCAAGUUAAUCCUUCAGUUUCUGGCCGCAGUCAGUGGUCAGCACUCUUGGAUAGAGCAACAGAUUCUGGAGGCUAACCCUAUUAUGGAAGCCUUUGGAAAUGCCAAGACAAUACGUAAUGACAACUCUAGUCGCUUUGGCAAGUACAUAGACAUUCACUUCAACAGCAAAGGCUCUAUAGAAGGUGCCAAGAUAGAACAGUAUUUACUGGAGAAAUCUAGGAUUGUCAAUCAGGCCCAUGAUGAAAGGAACUACCACAUAUUCUACUGCAUGCUGGCAGGCAUGACCAAACAACAAAUGGCAGAGUUGGAGCUAAAGGAUGCCACACACUACUAUUACUUGGUUCAGGGAGGAGACAUUCAUUGUGAAGGUCACGAUGACGCCAAGGAUUUCGCAGAUAUUCGUUCGGCUAUGAAAGUUUUGAUGUUUGAAGAUUCUGAAAUCUUUGACAUUCUUAAAAUUCUGGCAGCACUUCUGCAUCUGGGCAAUUUAAAAUACCAAGAGGCACAGAUCAACAACAUGGACGCCUCAGAAAUCAUGGAUCUGAACUGUGCCAAGAGAGCAGCCAAGAUGCUAGGGGUUGCACCUCAAAACUUGGUGGACGCCUUGACCACGAGAACCAUCUUUGCCCAGGGAGAGUCAGUCAUCUCCAGCAUGAAUGUCCAGAACUCGCUGGACGUCAGGGACGCAUUUGUGAAAGGUAUCUAUGGGCGCAUGUUUGUCUUCAUUGUGGAGAAGAUCAAUGCUGCCAUCUAUAAGAAGAAUCUAGACAGACAUGAGAGGACCUCUAUAGGAGUGCUGGACAUCUUUGGGUUUGAGCUGUUUGACAAAAAUAGCUUUGAGCAGCUUUGCAUCAACUUUGCCAAUGAGAACCUACAGCAGUUCUUUGUGCGUCACAUCUUCAAGCUGGAGCAGGAAGAAUACAACAUGGAGGGCAUCAACUGGCAGCACAUUGAGUUUGUGGAUAACCAGGAAAUUCUGGAUCUGUUGGCAGUCAAACCCAUGAGCAUUUUAGCUUUGGUGGAUGAGGAGUCCAAGUUUCCUAAGGGCUCUGAUCGCUCUCUCCUGGAAAAGUUGCACAGACAACACGGCAAGAACGUCCACUACCUGAGACCUAGGGCGGAAGUGAACCCCAUGUUUGGGCUGAACCAUUUUGCUGGUGUGGUCUUCUAUAGCAUCAAUGGUUUCCUAGAGAAGAACAGGGACACUUUUAGUCCCGAUUUGAUCCACUUGAUAGAGACAUCACAAUUUAAGUUUCUCAAGAAUUUAUUCUACAAAGAUAUGCAUAUGGGUCCAGACACUAGAAAGAGGAGCCCCACCCUUGGCUCUCAGUUCAAACGCUCCCUAGAGCUCCUGAUGAAGACCCUGGGAGCUUGUCAGCCAUUCUUUGUACGCUGCAUCAAGCCAAAUGAGUUCAAGAAACCAAUGCUAUUUGAUCGCGAGCUGUGUGUGCGACAGCUGAGGUACUCUGGUAUGAUGGAGACCAUCCGUAUUCGAAGGGCCGGCUAUCCCAUCAGACAUACAUUCGCCAACUUCGUAGAUCGUUAUCGUUUCCUUGUUCCGGGGAUUUUACCACCACAUAAAAACCCAGACUGCAAGGCAGCCUCAAUGAAAAUCUGCCAAGUUAUUCUAGGAAAAGUUGAUUAUCAGCUUGGAAAGAGAAAGGUUUUCUUGAAGGAUGCCCAAGAUGUCAAACUGGAACAAGAGAGGGAGCUAGUGCUGGGGCAGAAGAUCCUCAUCAUACAGAAAUGUAUUCGUGGCUGGCACUGCAGACGGCGAUUCUUAAAGAUGAAGUCUGGCUCAGUUAUCAUUCAGAAAAUCUGGAGAGGGUACGCACAGAGGAAGAGAUACUUGGCAAUGCGUAAUGGCUACAUGCGUCUACAAGCUCUGUACAGGUCUAGGAUUCUUACUGCUAGAUUCAGCGCACUCCGCGCCAUGAUGAUCAGCUUCCAGCGUUACUGCCGUGGUCAUCUGGCGAGGAAGAGAUACAACAAGCGUUUGUGGGCAGUGGUCACCAUUCAGGCUGGAGUCAGGAAGAUAAUAGCCAGGAGGAAGUACAGGAGACUGAAAAUGGAGAGACAAAAACGUCUGGAAGCAGAGCGCAUCAGGAAGAUGGAGGAAGAGAAACUGAGGAAACAAAUGAACGCCAAGAAGGCCAAGCAGGAGGCUGAGAGAUUGCACAAGGAACGUCUUUCGCGCAUAGAGAUGGAGGUCCAUGAGGAGGAGCGUCACGAGAGGGAAGAGAAGGAAAAGAAAAAGUUCAUGAUUGAAGAAGCGGAGAGAAGGAAGAAUGAGCCAGUGGAUGAUUCCAAGAUGGUUGACCAGAUGUUUGGCUUCAUAGAUGCACAGACGGACUCUUCUGGAGAGGGGAAUGCUCCCGAGGGCUUCAAGGACUUUGAAGAGUCUCGUCGCAGAGCAAUUGCUGAAAACGGCUGGGACAUAUCUGACCUCCCCCACGCAGAGUUUGAGCAAGAAGACCUCUCGGAGUAUAAAUUUGCCAAGUUUGCUGCGACUUACUUCCAAGGAAAUGCCACGCACACGUACAUUCGCCGUGCACUGAAGUUAUCACUGUUACAGUUGAAGAACGAAGGGGAUCAGCUGGCGGCUCUCGCGGUCUGGAUUACCAUCCUGCGCUUCAUGGGAGAUUUACCAGAGCCGAAGUACCACACAUCGCUGGCUGAUUCAAGGGACACCACCCCAGUCAUGACUAAGAUCUACUCCACCCUGGGAAGAAAAUUCAACAAGAAAGACCUGGAAGACGCUCAGAGAAUGGGAGUCGAACUGGAAAAAGAACCCAUUCCUACCAAAGUAGGGAAACGAAGCAUGAGAAAGAAACUCGUGUCUCUGACCUUGAAAAAGAAGUCCAAGAUCACAGAAGAAGUUGCAAAUCGUCUGCGGGAUGGGGAGUACCAGGGCAGUGGCAAUGCAUUGUUGGAUGACAGGCCUACCUCAAACUUGGAGAAGCUGCAUUUCAUUAUUGGGCAUGGUAUUCUGAGACCAGAAUUGAGAGAUGAGAUCUACAGUCAGAUCUGUAAACAGCUCAGCCAGAACCCCAGCAAGAGCAGUCAUGCCAGAGGAUGGAUCCUGCUGUCACUGUGUGUGGGAUGCUUUGCCCCAUCAGACAAGUUUGUGAAGUACCUGCGCUGUUUCAUUAAUGACGGACCUCCAGGCUACGCCCCCUACUGUGAAGAACGCCUCAAGAGAACCUUGGUUAACGGGACCAGGAACCAACCUCCCAGCUGGCUGGAACUACAGGCUACAAAAUCCAAGAAACCUUUGAUGUUACCCAUCACAUUCAUGGAUGGCAACACCAAGACACUGCUGGCGGAUUCUGCGACAACGGCUAAAGAGCUGUGUAUCCAGCUGGCGGAGAAGAUAGCCCUCAGAGAUCAGUUUGGGUUCUCCUUGUAUAUUGCUUUGUUUGACAAGGUAUCAUCUCUAGGAAGUGGAGGCGAUCACGUCAUGGACGCCAUAUCACAGUGUGAACAGUACGCCAAGGAACAAGGGGCUCAGGAACGCAAUGCCCCCUGGCGACUGUUUUUCCGCAAGGAGAUCUUUGCUCCUUGGCAUGACCCGAGCGAUGACUCCAUCGCCACCAACCUCAUUUACCAGCAGGUGGUGCGAGGAAUCAAGUUUGGAGAGUAUCGCUGUGAGAAGGAUGAAGAUCUGGCUAUGAUAGCUGCCCAGCAGUACUACAUAGACUAUGGAACAGACAUGGUGCCUGAGCGCCUCCACUCCCUACUGCCUUCUUAUAUCCCUGACAGCAGCCUGCAGCAUAAGACCAUCAACUACUGGAUGAAUGGUGUCAUAAACUGUCACCGUAACAGCUACUUCAAGCGUGACCAGGUGCCAGGUCUGAAGGUUAAGGAGGACAUCGUCAACUAUGCAAAAUACAAAUGGCCGCUGCUUUUCUCUCGGUUCUACGAGGCGUACAAGUUUGCUGGGCCGAGCCUGCCCAAGAAUGAUGUCAUAAUCGCUGUGAACUGGACGGGCGUGUAUGUGGUGGAUGACCAGGAACAAGUGCUUCUGGAGUUGUCUUUCCCAGAGAUCACUGCUGUCUCUAGUAGCAGAACGGGUAAAAUGCAUGGGCAGAGCUUCACUCUGGCCACAGUGAAAGGGGAUGAAUUCACCUUCACCUCACCAAAUGCAGAGGACAUCCGCGACCUUGUGGUGACCUUCCUGGAGGGUUUGAAAAAGAGGUCAAAAUACGUGAUUGCAAUACAGGAUUACAGUUCUCCAGGUAGGUGCGAGGGCUCCUCUUUCUUGAGUUUCCAGAAGGGCGACCUGAUUGUGCUGGACCAGGAUAAUGGAGAGACGGUCAUGAGCUCGGGAUGGUGUGUUGGUAUAUGUGCCAGAACAGGACAGAAAGGAGACUUCCCCGCGGAGUGCGUCUACGUGCUGCCUACCAUCACCAAGCCUCCACAAGAUAUUGUGAAUCUUUUCGCUAUGCAAGCUGAUGAGCAGUCUCAGCGCCUGAUCCACUCAGACGCGGUGAGCUCUGACGACUCCAGUGAGAAACCACAUACGCUGAUGGAGUAUUCCUUCGACCAUUUUAGACCUCCUCCCAAAAGAACCCUGUCUAAGACUCUCUCCCUGUCCAGUGCCAAGAGACGACGACAGGAGGAGCUAUGGCGCUACUCUAAGGAACCACUCAAGCAGCCAUUGUUGAAGAAACUCCUCGGGAAAGAAGAGCUCAGCAUGGAAUCAAUCAACUGCUUCCUCUCUAUACUCAAGUACAUGGGAGACCACCCGUCUAAGAGAACGAGAGGUAGCAACGAGACGACGGACCAGAUCUUUGAGCCCCCUCUGAAACAUGAAAUUCUGAGGGAUGAGAUCUACUGCCAAGUGAUCAAACAACUCACAGAAAACAGAAAUAGAGUGAGUGAGGAGCGCGGCUGGGAAUUGAUGUGGCUAGCGACAGGAUGUUUCGCACCCAGCACAAAUCUUCUGAAGGAGGUCACCCUGUUCCUAAGAUCUAAGAAAAGUCCAUUUGCUGCGGACUGUUUGAACAGACUGCAGAAAACACUGAGAAAUGGGCAAAGGAAGUACCCACCCCAUCAAGUUGAGGUGGAGGCAAUUCAGCACAAAACAACCCAAAUAUUCCACAAGGUGUAUUUCCCUGAUGACUCUGAUGAGGCCUUUGAAGUGGACUCCAGUACCCGCGCCAAGGACUUCUGUCAGAACAUAGCUAACAGGCUCAGCCUCAAGUCUGCAGAGGGCUUUAGCUUGUUUGUUAAGAUAGCUGACAAAGUGAUCAGUGUACCCGAGGGAGACUUUUUCUUUGACUUUGUGAGGCAUUUGACAGACUGGAUCAAGAAAGCCAGGCCCACUAGAGAUGGGGCCACCCCACAAUUCACAUACCAGGUGUUCUUUAUGAAGAAACUCUGGACCAACACUGUGCCUGGCAAGGACAGAAAUGCUGACACUAUCUUCCAUUACCACCAGGAGUUGCCCAAGCUGCUUCGAGGUUACCACAAGUGCAACACAGAUGAUGCCGCACAGCUUGGCGCAAUCAUCUUCAGAGUGAAGUACGGCGAUGACAAGACACUUUUAGCCAAUAUCCCACGUAUGUUGAAGGAAUUGGUACCAGGAGAUUUGGUCAGGCAACAAUCACCGGAUGACUGGAAGAGGGCCAUUGUGGGUUACUAUAAUAGAGAUGCAGGAAUGUCCCCUGACGAGAGUAAGGUGGCCUUCCUGAAGUACAUCUACAAGUGGCCGACAUUUGGGUCAGCAUUCUUUGAAGUCAAGCAAACCACUGAGCCAAACUAUCCAGAUAUUCUUCUGAUAGCCAUUAACAAACAUGGAGUCAACCUCAUUCAUCCACAGUCAAAGGAUAUUCUGGCCACUCACCCAUUCACCAAGAUCUCCAACUGGAGCAGUGGGAACACCUACUUUCACAUGACUAUAGGCAAUCUUGUUAGGGGAAGCAAACUGUUAUGUGAAACAUCAUUGGGCUACAAAAUGGAUGACCUGCUUACCUCGUACAUCAGCCUCAUGUUGACCACCAUGAACAGACAGCGGACCAUGAGGAAAUAACUGUCACAUGACCAGAACAUCAUUUGUCACAUGACCAAAAAUUAUUUGUCACAUGACCUGAACAUUAUGGGAUGCGUUGAGAAGUUAGCAUUUAUUUAUACACUGAAUCCAUUUAAUUAACUUAAAUGACAGGCAAAUGUGUGGUUUUUCACCAAAACCAUGAUAACCAUUGAAACAGAAAUGAAAUGGUGUUUUGAUAUUAACGGCGUGAUAAUUUACAGUUUCUGUAAAUAUGAAAUAUAUACUAUGGAUAGAUGUGGAUAUUUCUUCAUUCUGUCUUGGAAUGCAAUUCAUGUAAAGGAAGAACAAAAAAAAAAGGUCAGAUCAGUUAGAUACCAUGGACACAACAGCAUUCUGGGAUAUUCAUAUAGCACAUUAUGGGAUAGAUGGUCUAAAAAGCGAAAGAAAAAAAUGGAAAAACUUAAAUUGAAAGUUGAAAUUUUUUGAGUGCAUGAUAGGAUAGAUGCAUGUAGCAAUAAAACAUUCUCAUUGUCAUUAAAAUAUAUUUGUAUUCUAAUAUAUCAUAAUCUGUUUAGUAUAGACAUGAAAAGUUAUUAUACAUUGUAUAUCCUGGAUUUUAUUUAACUUUUUUUUUUUUUUUUUUUUUUUAUUAAUUUAAUGGAAGGGAGAAAGCAAUGCGAGCACUAGUAAAAGUAUGUCUUGAUUUGUUGAUAGACAGAAAUGAAAACAAUCAAGAAACUUUGUCAUGGUAGAGUCUAGACACAGAAGGUUGUCACCAUAAACCCACAGUGAAGUACAGCAUAACCUGUACUUCCCCCAAGUCAACAUACCUAUACCUAAUUAAUUUAUUAGAAGUGAAUUCUUACUAAUAACGCCUGCACAUUUAAACAGUCAGAUUAGCACAAACAGUAUGCUUGGUGAAUAUCAGAGAAUUAAGGCAAACAUUUCACCAAAUGGGAAUGUUUAGCUUGAUAUUUACUCAUUUCCAUCUCAAUAGUGAUCUGGACUUUGGGCAGAACUGCCUGUAAGGCACGUCUAAAAGGAUUCGUGAUUUCCCCCGGAAGAAAUAUCAUUUAUUUUGAAUCCUUUUUAUUGUUAUCGAAAGGAAAUCCUGCUAGACAAAAGAUGAUAGUUACCAUGGUAUAUAUUGCAGCAUAUCAUUUAUUUGAAAAGUGCACUUUGCUGAAUAUUUGUUCUUUAUGCAUAUUUGUUAAGGAUAUUGAUUCAAAAUGGUGGAAUGUAGGGUACCAAUACGUUCAUGUAGUAUGCACCUGAGAGCUUGGCUUAAAAAGGAUUAUUUUGGUGGAUAUUCAACUAAGUGCUCUGGAUCCUAGGUACAUGUACCCUCAUUUUUCAGCAAUAUGGUAUAUCUCAUUAUUUUUGCCUGUGAUGAGUUUCUUUUUCUCUUUUUUCAUAGAAUCAGUUAGGGUUGUGAUGAUCAUCGUUUUUUUAAUCCCAUUUGCUUUUGGAUUUUUAUUCUUCUUUGCUGAGUACCCAGUAGAAGUAGGUAAGUUUACAGGUUCAGAUGACUUCAUUCCAAGAGUUUUGCUCAUCAUGUCAACAGAGAACAUUCCUUAGAAGAAAAAAUCUCUUUAUGCAUUGGGCAAAUAGUUGCCAGAAAAAAAUGAUGAAAGUGUCAAUUUCAAAAAUAUCUCUUUAAUUGAUUUGUUAGUAGGUACAUGUUUAAAUUUACAAAAUUUCCCUUAGAUGACAGUUGCUGGCUAUGUAUUUGUAUGUGGUGUAGUGUUGCUAUUCUAAAUACAGUACUACAAGAUGCAAAUAAAAGGGACCAUGUAUGUUAAUGCAAAUUGCCAAUAGAUGGCACUACUGUAGAUAAUUUUUCAGACUGUAGAUGGAGCCACGUGACUAGAUUGUAUUGGGCAGCUCUGUCGUUAUUAAAAAGGAACCACCUUUUUCCUCCAGAUGUUUCCCUUUGUUUGGUAUUUUGUUGCAGAUUUGACAUGUCUUUCAGUUAAUGAUAUUGUUUAGUUUUUAUUCAACGGUUGAACGUUUUGUUCGUUAUGAAGACGAUGCUUAAUUUAUGAGCUUUCAGAGAAGACGAGAAUUAGAAACUGCAUGAAGUUGCUUUACAGCAAAACAUAUAUUGUUUACAAUAUAAAACUUGUUUGUUACUCUGUUAAGAAGCCUGAAUGGGUUAUAAUAAUUACCAUAUAUUUAAUCUAACAGUUACAAAAUCGUAAUGAGAAAGAAAAGGCAUGGUAUUUGAAAAGAAACAUCUAUUCUCACAGCUUACGUGAUAUAUAUAUAUAAAAUGAUAUAUAUUAACAUUUAGCAUUGUAUAUUUACUGCCAUUAUAUUUAGAAUAUAUAUAUAUAUAUAUAAAUGCAUUUACACAUCUUCACAAUAAAGUACUCGAUUCU